UAAAAAAAAUCCCAAACGUGAGUAACACGUGUCCGAAAAGCAGUGUCAUUUGAGGUCAUAAAUGAGAUCGAUCACGCCCUAGAUUCGCUCCCAAUUUGAUUUUACGUCAAUCUUCUUCUUCGUUCUUCCUCACUGUUGAAUGUUGAUUGAGAAUUUAUAUUACCAAUUUUUUUAAUCCAAGAAAAAUGUCCUCAACUGGAUCAAUCAAUUGCUGAAGCCGAACAAAGCUGCGGUUUCUGGUGAUUUUGCGCACCGCCCGUUGAUUAUGAUUUACGCCGGUGGAAUCGCCGUCUUCUACUUUAAUCAUUGUUUCAAACUCCCACUCCAGGAGUAGCGUUGAGUUUCUAAUCCUGAUUCACGGAUGGUUUUCUUCACUGUGGUUGGAUUUAAGAUUGUUCUUUCUCCUUGGUGCCCUUGAUCUGUACAUUUUUUUUUUUUGUUUAAUAGGUUGAUUCCUCUUAUCCCUCUAACUGCAUUUCAGUUUUUUUUUUUUUUUUUCCUGGUUCGAUUUCUUUGGAUUUUCCCUUUCCUCCAUCCCAGUCUACAAGUUAGUCACGUAGCAAAUUUGCGGUGAUUAGUUUUGGAAAAUGUUCUUUUCGAGAAUCUUUACUGGGAAUGUCUGGGUUCUGUAUUGUGAAAUUAUUCUUGAAAUAGGGAAUCUUGGUACUGUUUGAAAAUGGAUGAGCAAGGCUAAUCAAAUUGCAGAGUUUUUUUUUUUUUUUUUUUUUUUUAGUUUUGUGGUCACUGAUGACAUAUUUGUUGCCUUUAUUUAUUAUAUUUUAACAAGGAGAAUUGGAAUGAUGCUCAGUUUGUUGGUUUCUUACUCAGCAGUCAGCAGGGAAGGAUACGAAGUAUCUGCUACCAUAUAGAGGAUUGAUAUGCCACACGAAUAUGCCCUUCAAAAGCUUUUUUCGCGAGCUAAGGGAAAUAAAAGAUGGAAUUAGAAUCAAACCGAAACGAGGAGGAGAAAGGAGGAACUGGCGAAGUCGUACGAGGUCACAUAUUGCACCUGAUGAAGUGCCUCCCCACCCUGAAGCAAUUCAACAAGGGCAGUGGGCAAAUUUGCCUCCUGAGUUGCUUUUGGACAUAAUACGAAGAGUUGAAGAGAGUGAAACCUCGUGGCCUGCUAGGACUGUUGUCCUUUUUUGUGCUUCAGUUUGCAAGUCAUGGAGGAAUAUUACAAAGGAAAUUGUUAAAACUCCUGAGCAGUGUGGGAGGCUUACGUUUCCCAUUUCACUGAAACAGCCGGGACCUCGAGACUCUCCAAUUCAGUGCUAUGUUAGAAGGCACAGAGCAACUUCAACUUAUCUUCUAUACUCCGGAUUGGUGCCUUCGGAGAAUGAAGGUGAUAAACUUUUAUUAGCAGCCAAGAGAGUAAGAAGGGCUACAGGUACAGAUUUUGUUAUAUCUUUGGUAGCUGAUGAUUUUUCUUGGGCCUGCAGUACCUAUGUGGGUAAAUUAAGGUCCAAUUUUUUUGGCACAAGGUUCACCAUGUAUGAUAGUCAACCACCAGUUCUCACUGCAGGACAACAGAACAAUCAAUCAAAUCGUAGGUUUCAUGCCAAGCAAGUCUCUCCAACAAUGUCAGCUUGUAACUACAAUAUAGGGGCAAUCUCUUAUGAGCUUAAUGUUCUACGAACUAGAGGACCCAGAAGAAUGCGCUGUGUCAUGCACUCUAUCCCUGCAUCUUGCAUUCAACAAGGAGGAAAUGCACCGACACCGACAUCAUUCUCGUCCUGUCUCAAUGACCAUCACCACCACCCACCCUUACCGGCUUCUAAAGGAAAGGAGCCAGACAUAGAUUUCAGUUCCACAAGCGUCACUGGGCCACCAGUUCAAGAAUUGGGAGAAUCUUUGGUUCUCAAGAACAAGGCUCCUAGAUGGCAUGAACAACUUCAAUGUUGGUGCUUGAACUUCAGAGGGCGUGUGACAGUAGCUUCUGUAAAGAAUUUCCAACUCGUGGCCAAUGUCGAUCCAGCCCUCGACGUGUCAGUUGAAGAACAAGAGAAGAUAAUAUUGCAGUUUGGGAAAAUUGGAAAGGACAUCUUCACGAUGGAUUAUCGCUACCCGCUCUCCGCUUUCCAAGCCUUUGCAAUCUGCUUAAGCAGCUUUGACACCAAACCAGCCUGUGAAUAGCAAAUACAUCCAAUUCUCAGUGAUUCAGAAAGUAAGAGUUCAGGUUUGUUUCUUACAAAAUUUCGCUUCUUUACUUUGAAGCCCUUUUAACUGGAAGGGUAAGCAUUGCACGGCCAUUCCACGGUCCAGGUUAUAUGGGACUGAACUCGAUGUACGUGUCUCUGACGUCUGUUGAUCUGAGAUUGUUUUAUAUUUUCACCAUCUCCUUGUUAAUGGAAACUUCAUUUCUUCUUCUAUAUCAAUCUAUUUUGUUCCA